CGGUGGGGAGGGAAAAGCCGGAGGAGGAAAGGGGGCGUUUUGUGUGGUCUGCUUGACGUAGAGGAUGUGUAGUUGAUCUUUGUUCCUGUCGUGGUGGGAGGUGAGUGUGUGUGUGUGUGUGAGAGAGAGAGAGAGGGCGAAGCCCAUCCUUUUUGUGCUCAGCGGAUAUGGAGCUCAAGAAGGCGUCUUCUUGGAAAACCGAAGGCCGACCUUGGCUGUGGCAGCGGCGGGCUUCGGGUUUUUGCAGCUCUCUAAAGGCUGAUGGCCGGCCGGAUCAUCAGCACUCUCAACAACAUCAACAGCAGCAGCAGCAGCAGCAGCAGCAGCAACAGGGAAAGCGGAUGCAGCAUCAUGAGAAGCACACGACACCAUUUUUCCGGGAGUUCGCUCGCAGUCUGCAAGCGAAGGCUCGGCGACCGGUCACUGGGCUUCCAUCGCCCGUUCCUCUGGCGCAGAUCCCGAUUUCGCCUGGAAGUGGUGGGGGCCAGUCAAAUCCCAAGGCGCCUUGCCGUGCUGCUUCCCCCAAGCAAGCGGCCGGCUUAGUGCCCUCCAAGUCCUUCUCCCCUGUGAAGGGAGAGCAAAGUAAACGAGACAAGGGAUUGCUUCGGCAGCUUCAGUCCAGGUUCUGCAGGUUCUUUCCAGAUGUCUUGACGUUUUGUGAUGUGGAGUUCGGAGAUCGGGGUUAUGGCUCAGCGAAUGGUUCCAAGGUCAAGCCAGACCAACAAGGCGCAAAAGGCAAGUCCACGACAUCCAGUGGUGGUGAAGUGGAGUCCUGUGGAGUUCAACCAGAUGCUGCAAAUAGAGAUUGCAGGGAACCCGUUAGUGUGGAUGACAGGUCCGUUGAUCGGGCUGCUGUGAAAACCAGGAAGGACGUAAAGGGAUGUGAGCAUGACCGGAAAAAGCGAGAUGAGGAUAGUGCGGAUGAGACAAGUGGACAUGUGUCUCUCUCUGAGGAUCAGGAGGAUGGGGAGACAACAGAGGGUGCAGAAUCGAGCUGUGAAGGAGUUCUCUCGCAGGGUGGGGAGAAAUCGUUGGAUCCUUCCCGGCUGUGCCCUGUUUGUGGAGGAUCUGGUGAUGGGAUGGAGGAUGGCCAUGAACAGAAGAAAUGCAGUCAUUGGAUGAUGAUGAGGAAGAUGGAGGCGAUUGCCAUGCAGGUGGUGUUAGAUGCUGCAAUGUACCAGAUGACACAGUGCACUCAACGGACUGCUGAGCUGGAGGAGGAGAGCUGUGUUCAGCAGAUGCUUUUGAGAUCUGCUCUCAGACGACAAGCGGAAGUGACACAAGAGGCUGAGCAGAAGAAUGCACAGGUGAUGGGGCUGAUGUGUGAGCUGGAGGCAAGCCAGCAAGCUUGGGUUGCAGCAGAUGAUGAGCGGAGGAAAUUGGAGGCGCUAUUGGCGGAGAGCGCUUCAAAGAACCAAGAGCUGAUGGAGGAGCUGUCACAGCAGAAAGCAGAGAUCUCUCGUCUCAGUGACGGGAUGGAACAAUUCUUGGGGCAGGAGAAAACCAUUCACAGAUUGUCAUUGUCUCUGGAGGAGGCACGCAUGGAAGUGUCCUCGCUCAGGAGUCUCCUGGGAUACCAGUCGGGAAAGACAGCGUCGGCCUCUAGUGCAUUCCGUGGAAACCUCCACUCGCGUAGUUCUGAAAGCAUGCGAUCUCCAUUCCAUGCCAAAGGGGACAUCUCAAGGACGCGUUCGGAUCCAGAAGUUUUGGGCGGGCGUGACAAGAAGAGAUCCGUCUGGAAGCGAUAUAUGAAGAGUGAGGAUAUGUCUGAGUCUAUUACCUCUGACAGUGAGUCGAAGCUGUGGCAAGCUGCAAUGGCCUCCCCUCGGCAGAGGGAGACAUCAACCGACCAGCCAAGCACAGAUGAAGGCAGCACAAACUUCAGCGAAAGUGGUUCUGAAGGUGCUGUCACACAGCCAAUAAAUGCAGUGCAUGGUAUUGAAUCUGCCAACUUGGAGGAUAUGAGAAAGGAGAAUGAGAGACUGAAGAUGGAGAACAGCAGAUUGGUCCACGAGUGUGACAAGACGAGGAGGCUCUUGGAAGUUUCGCAGCUGCGUACAAAAGGCAAUGUUGCGUUCAACAGGAUGGAGUUCGAGGAUGCAUACGAGAACUACACAUUGGCACUGCAGCUUGAAGUUGACGACAAACAGCUAAACGCGUUGCUGUACUGUAACAGAGCGGCUGCCAGCUCUGCACUGGGAAACCAUAUGGAUGCCCUUGCGGAUUGCAUAGCUGCUAUUUCCCUGGACGAGCAAUGCACAAGAGCCUACAGCAGGCGGGCAGAUGUCUACAUCGCAAUUUGGGACUACGAGGGGGCACUGAAGGACCUGAUGGUGGUGCUUGAACGUGGAGGGGAGUGCGUACAGGAGGUUGAAGAAAAGAUAACAGCUGUGAGGCGCCGGCUGAGAAAGCAUUCGGGAGAGCUCGACUACUAUGCCGUUCUGGCGUUGACAUCAUCAUGCUCAGCAACAGAAAUCAAGGCUUCUUAUAGGAAGCUUGCUCUGAAGUACCAUCCUGACAAGGGCGGUUUGCACAUGGAAGCGAGCUUUAAAUUCAUCUCCAGGGCAUAUAAGGUACUUUCAGAUCCUACGCAACGGUACAAGUAUGACAGCUCUGUGGCCCGGGAUAAGCAUGUUCACAGAGUUCGCACAGUGAUCCCGUAAUGCUCCCGGGUUGGGAAAAGCGAUGAGCAAAUGAGGUGGGCCUGCAUCAUGGACAAGUGGGAAAGGAGAGGUGAAAACUUGCAGCUGGAUGGUGCGCUUUUCAGCUCGCUACUCUUAUCAGGGUAAGCAUCCCUUUCUGGAGCUCGACGAGGAAGCAGCAUAAGAAGAGUCAGAUGUAUUCAUUGUGGCAAAGUGGCCGGCUAAAUGUUGAGGUAAGAACCACUGCGGUCUUUGUUUGCUUGCUUGCUUGAUGACCUCCGGGCUGAUGAGGCAGCAGGUGCACCUUCAACUUCAUUGAUGCUCCAAUUUGGCUACAUAUGCCAGGAGGGCGGUGUACGCUGGAGCACCAAGUGAAGAGGAAGCAAAUGGACCUGAUCUCAGGUCUCAGGUCUCACAGUU